GCAACCAACAAAACACCCGCGCAAAAUCAUGCUUGCAUAACUGCACAUUCUUCAUGUGUGUUGUUUUGAUUAGACUUUCGAUUACCAUGUUCAAACUCCCCAUUCUGCAAUGUUUUCGCAAUUGACCAUUUAAUAUUUACAUUAUCAUUGCCGCGAUAAGUGUUUUAGCAAGCCCCUCGCAUCUCUAACCUCAACGCAAUGCGAAACGUUCAAUAACAAUGCCACGAGACCACAGCACUUUCCAAAGGUGCAACAGCACAGGUUCGAUCGGUUUGGGGAACACCUCGUCCCUGAAUUCAGACGACGAGGAUGAGCUCGAGAGCAAGCCCUCGCCAAUGAGCUACAAGGAGCGCCGACGAGAGGCUCACACCCAAGCUGAACAGAAACGGAGAGAUGCCAUCAAGAAAGGGUACGACACUCUGCAGGAAUUGGUCCCCACGUGCCAACAAACGGACGUCUCAGGGUACAAGCUGAGCAAAGCCACCGUCCUGCAAAAGUCAAUAGACUACAUCCAGUACCUGCAACAGCAGAAAAAGAAGCAGGAGGAGGAGCGCAACGCUCUGAGGAAGGAAGUGGUGGCUCUCAGGAUCAUGCAGACGAACUACGAACAGAUCGUCAAGGCCCAACAGACCCAGCCUGGACACACCGAAACACGGAUUUCAGACGAAGUCAAAUUCUCUGUGUUUCAAGCCAUAAUGGAGCAGCUCUUUCUCACGUUUAGCAACGUCUCAGUCAGCAAUUUUUCCGAGUUGUCCGCAGGUGUCUUCAGCUGGUUGGAGGAGUGCUGCAAGCCGCAGACUUUGAAAGAGACUGUGUUCAAGGUCCUGCAAAGACACAACAACCACAUGCGGAACCAACCACCAAAUUCAUAGCGAUUUUUCAUGUUGUAAUAUUUUAAAGUUUUAAGUACCUACAUAUGCCUAUUUUAUCGUUAUAAUUUUGUUGUACUAUAGCCAAAUAAAGAAUUUUGUUAUUUUGAA